UCAAGGGAAAUAUGUGAGGAGAAAAAUGUGGAGAGCGACAUAAUGUUUGUAUUUUCACUGCUAUUAAAUGUUGAGUUUCUGCAACCACAGAGCGGCUUUCUUGAUUCCUCUCCAGUCUUCGGGGUAUUGCUAUCCAACAAGUGUUUUCUUAACCUUCAACAGUUACUGUGUUUCCCUGCACAAGAGAGGAAGGUUGAUCCUCUGCAUUUCCUGGUCACACAGCUGCAAUCUCAGAUCCCCCAGGAGGUUUUGGGCCCCGGUCCAGCAGUAAGCAGAGACACUGAGCUUUUUCACACGUGAAUGGUCUCAUGCCAUGUGUGGUUCUCUGCUCAUUUACCAGCAGUCAGUGUGUGUGUGGGUGUAUUUUAUAAUCCUGUGUCUCCUGUUUGAAUUGCACUGAUUUGAUUUGUGUCCUUUAUCAUUCAUGUUUUCAUUUUUCCUCCCACUGACCUGCUAUGUGAGAAGCCAUUUGUUAUGUCUGAUCCCAACACGUAACCUAAAGGCCAUGUUAGUCAAUGAUGAUUAUGCUGAAAAGAAACUCACAUGUCAGCACCAUCAGAACAAUUACCAUUCCGUGUGAUAACUGUGCAAUAUUUUCCAGAAAUAACUGUUUUCAAAAUGCAGCAUCAUGACAAGACAAGACAGAAAAGUAAUUGCAUUUUCUUCUUCACCCUCGGCCUGGCACGGAUCAUGCUUUUUCUGUCAGUAUAUCUCAGCUGGUGCUUGGCAGAGCUUUGUUUCUGUGAGAGAGUAAAAUAAAUCAGUUGCUAGUUAUUGUUUUUUUCUCUUUAUAACACCUCAGGGUGUUUUUGAAGGGUAAUAGCAGGCAUCAUAAAAUCAUGUGGUGUUGAACUGAACCAUUUCUAGUGCAGCACUGAUAGAAAAAUCAUGUUUUACUGUUCCAUCUGGAAAUCUGUACCAACCACGGGGCAUUUAUAGUUUCCUUCACUUUACUUCUUACACCAAAUAUUGCUCUUACAACAACAAAAUAAACCUUUAUCAUUCUAAUCCCCAGUAAUGAAUUUUGAACUGUUUGAACCAAUGUGGACAUGGUACAAUUCCUUCUUUUGAGAACCACAAUGACUGCAGAUAGCGAUCUCACAUGCUCCGCAAACUAUACAUCAACAAUCUGGACGCUAUUAAACCCAAGUGAAAAGGAUGGGAUGGUGUUUAUUGUUAUCUGUUUUCAAAAGCCCUUAUAAGAGGAGCUUAAGACAGAUUGUGGAAAUCCAUUAAUUCGUGUAUUGCCUUGUAUGAAAUCACAGGAUUUGUUGGAGGUGAUGGUGGGGGUGAAUUUAACCUGUAAUAGCUUUACCUCAGCUGUGCACAUUGUCAGAGGAGUCAGGCUGAAAAGACUGCACCGCACAGAUAAUACACACGAUGCAUGAUUGUGAAUACAAACCACACAGAGGAGCCCCUUUUCUGAAUUUACCCUUUGCCAUUCAUGCUUAUCUGUACUGAGUAAUGCAUACAAAUCUAUUAGUGUCACCACACACGUCACUAGCACUGGCAAAAUGAGUCAUUCAUUUAUCUGCAACUCCCUGAUUACUGGGUGUAAUUAGCAUGCCUUGUUGUUGUCAGUGCAGCCUCGACUCGUGUCAUUUACCGAACAUAUCUGCUAAUUUGCACAAGAUCAUGUGUUGAUAAAGCCAAAUAGGAAAGUGACAUUAUGAAAUAAAUUUAGGGAGCUAAUCCUCAAGUUCAGCAUACACAAGUCUCCGGCCACACCAAAAAACGUUCAUCUUUAAAUCCAGGUUUCUAAUACCGAGCAAUCCCCUUUUCUCUAAAACCUCAACAAUAAGGAUCUUAGGAGCUCUCCACUUCUCAUUUUAUGCAGUGAAAUCUGAUUUCUUUUGGAGAAAGGAAUGAGGCAAGAUUAACUGAAUCUGCCGUCCUCCCUAACCUCUUCACAAAACUGCCCAGAUUAGCUAGGAAUUAAGUUUCAACCGUUUUAUGUGUCUGGUCCAUAGGGGGGAUUAUAGUUUUACUUUCUUUCUUUUUUCUUUUUUUUUGCCUCCCAAUUUCACUAUAAGGGCCUGACACACUGUUGUAGAGAGAGGAGAAGGAGAAGAGCAGCUGAGCCUGAACAGUCAAAAAGUGCUAUGUGUAAAUAUCCUGUGAUUAUCACUGCUUGAGUAAUAUCGGAAUUUCAUUAGUGAUGGAUGGACUGAUCAGGAUGGAGAGACAAAAGUUUCCUUUCACUAUUGAAAACAUAUUGAGCAAAUAUCCAAACAGUAAUGGAGACAGGCGGACAUGUGGGACGAGUGGUGCUGGACUAAAAGAGAAGGCAGUGAGUCCCGUUGGAGACCAGACUGAGACCGUUCAUCAUGCCUGCCUGUGCUGCUGCUACUGCUCCCACUGUGGAGACAUAUUCAGGUCUGAUUACAUUCCUGAAGCCUGUCAAUACGGAUGGACCCCGGUGGUGCUCUCAAACCCAUGCAGGCUAGGAGAAGCUCGCAGAGAUGAGCAGUCACCCGGUCAGGUGCAGAGGCGGACCAGACGUCACCGCACUAUUUUCACAGAGGAGCAGCUGGACGCACUGGAGGAGCUGUUCCUGCAGAACCAGUACCCAGAUGUGAACACGAGAGAGAAAUUAGCACAGCGCACUCACUUGAGAGAAGAAAGGGUAGAGGUCUGGUUUAAAAACCGAAGAGCAAAGUGGAGGCGUCAAAAAAGACUAUCAUUUGGUGUGGGAAAUACAGAAAACUAAAUUUUGUACUGUAUAUGUAUAUGGGUGACAGCACUGAAAAAGAAGAGAACUGUGUGUGUGUGUGUGUGUGUGUGUGUGUGUGUGUGUGUGUGUGAUAGAGAGAGAGAGACAGAGAGGGUGAGUUACAUAAAUACGAAGAAUUUUACUUGCUAUCGUUAGAGAACAUAAUUGCCAGACAAAAUCCUUUUUUAACUAACACUGAAUUUUUGUGUCAGUCAAAUCAUAUGACUGUAGACAGUUCUGUAGCCUUUUUGUGAAGCUGGUUGGUGUGAGUGCAUGAUAGAAGUGCUGGCAGCAGAUGGUAAUACUAACCCUGAAAGGUGAAUCUUGAGUCUGUAAAUGGAGUGUUGUAGUUUGCACCAGUUGUGUAAAAAGUGUCCUUGAUAACAAAUAAAGUUCUUCUGCAAGAGAUGGAUGAACUUUUUCAUUGUCCAGCAACGUUUGACUUUCAUCAAACA